AUUUUUUAGAAAAAAUCAAGCUCGAUUUUUGUUGACAACUUUCUUUGAAAAAUGUAAAUGGCGCCAACUUUAAUAUCUAGCUUAUAAUUGGUUAAAAUUCUUCCUGAAUUUCGAUUGGCUAAUAAACUGACAAAUCAGAAAAUUGUUAGAAAAGAUUUCUGUAUAAAUUUCAUAUAAAGGUUUAUUAAUUCAUAUUGUGAUGAGUAAAUAAAACAGUUAGUUUCUGUAUUUUAAUGUCAAUUAUCAAAUACUAGUGGACUUUAGAAUUAUAAUUAUACUUUGUAUUAAAAAAAAAGAAAAACUUACAUCAAACCUUAGUUGAGUAAUAAAUAGGAUAAACAGGAAUAUAAAAAUGAGCAAUUGAGAUGUUGUAAAAUUUAUUAUUUGGAAUAUCAAACAAAAUCAUAAUGGAAAUUAAUACACAAUGGGGGUUACAGGAAGAUAUUACACACUCCCUACUUCAGUAUGGAUGGCUAAGUAAUGCCACGAGUUCUUGAACACAAAAGUGGUAAACUGCAAUCAAAAACACAAAUCUUUAUUAAAUGAUUAAAUAUUUAAACAAACAAUAUAACAAGAACCAUGAAUAUUUCAAUGAAACUACAUCUUUCAAUAAUUGAUCACAAUUAAUUCUCAAUUUAUAAUAAUAAUAAUAAUAAAUCAAAAUGUUCUCAAUACGUGGACAAUUAUAUAUAACAAAUUAUUUCAAUAUUUCUAUUAUUCUAAUUUAUUACAUAAUUAUAAUCUUUAUUAUUCAUUAUUUAAAUGCUCAAUAUAUACAACCAGGUCUAUGUGAAAAUCAAUGUCAUUGUCCUAAAGGUGAAAAUGUAGUACAUUGUGAUAGACAAGAUCAUUUACAAGGUGUACCAACAAAUUUACCAAAUGGUAUAACAAAAUUAUUUAUACAACAAAGUGAUUUCCCUAUACCAAAUUCAUUAAAUCAAGCAAAUAUGACUGGUUUAGAAAAAUUAGAAUAUUUACGUAUUAUAUAUUGUAAUUUACAAGUAAUUGAACCACGUACAUUUAUUAAAAUGAUUGAAUUAAAACAUUUAGAUUUAUCCCAUAAUUCAUUAAUACGUAUAGAAUCUUAUACAUUUUAUGGUUUACAAUUAAAUAAUUUAUAUUUACGUGAACAACAUUCAUUACCUGAUAAUGGUAUGUUUAUUACAGAAGAUUCAUUUCAUGGUUUAUCAGCGAAUCAAAUUAAUUUACGCGGGAAUCGUAUAAAAUCAAUUCAUUAUGAUAUAUUUAAUAAAGUACCUAGUUUAGAUAGAUUAAUAUUAUCUGAUAAUCGUAUUACAUAUAUUGAUGAUGGAUUUGAAAAAUAUUUUAAUAAACCAAAUAAAUUACUUGAUUUAACUGGGAAUCCAUUAGAAUGUAAUUGUCGUUUAUCAUGGAUUGUUCAACGUAGUAUUGAUUGGAAAGAUAGUUUACCUGGUUUAAAUAUGACAUGUAUACAUUUAACUAGAAAAGAAAAUUCUAUACAAAUAAAAAAUAUAUAUGAAUUAGUAAAAUUAACACCGGAACAAUUAUGUCCAACAUCACGUAUACAACAAAUUUAUAUUAAUGUAUUAGAAGAUACUAAUCGAGCAUUAAUAUCAUGUACAGCAGUUACUAUACCAAAAUAUACACAAAAUUUAAUACAUAAUAAUAUAAAUAUGAUUACAUCUAAUAGAAUAUUAAGUCAUACACCACCAGGUGUAGCAUGGCGUUAUAUAGAAGGUGGACAAUUACGUGAAGUAAGAUAUUUAACUUCAAAUAGUAAUAAUAAUAAUCAAAAUAAUGAAUAUUUAUAUCAAAUGAAUUCAACUAUUGAUAAUCCAUCAGCAACAGUUCAAUUAAAUAUUACAUUAGAUAAAAAACCACGUAAAUAUACAUGUACUACAUGGGAUGAUAAAAAAGAAACAGAAGAGGUAAUAGUUACAUUAAAAGGACCAGAAUUAAUUAAUUUACCAAAAUUUAAUAAUACAUUAUCGAUUGAUCAUGAAUUAAUCAAUACUCAUACUAAUACCAAUACCAAUAAUAAUAAUAAUAAUCAUCGUAAUUAUUAUAUAAAACAAUCAGAUGAUUUAUUACGUAAUGAAAUUUUAUAUGAUCAAUCAUAUUAUUUAUAUCAAAAACAAUUUACAUUAUUAGAAAUGUCUAUUGCAGUAAUUUGUACAUUUCUUACUACAUUAAUAUUUUUAUUAAUUAGUGCGAAAUGUUUACGUUUAUGUAAACAAUAUAAAUUAUUUCAAUUUACAUCAAGUUGUAGUACUAUUGGGAUAAAUGAUACAAAAUCAAUAUAUCAUCCAGUGAAAUUAAUAAAUAAUGAAACUAAUAUGAUAGAACAAAAUAAUAAUAAUAAUAAUAAUACACCAAUUAAAUUAAAUGGUAUACAUUCAUCAAAUAUAAUAAAUGAGAAUGGAUAUAAUUUUAUAAGAACACACACAAAUCCUUAUUCACAAAUGAUUUUAUCAACUUUACAUGGUCAUAAUAUUAUUACUACUACUACUAAUACUAAUAUUACUAAUACUACCAUUACUACUACUACCAAUAAUAAUAGUAAUUUUUCACCACAAAUAAAUCAAUAUCCAAAUCUUACAAAUCAAUAUUUAACAGUCACUUGUACUGGUAAUGGUUUACCUCCAUUACCAUCACCACCAUCAUUACCAAUUCAUUUAGCUUCAUCAUCUGGUUCAGGUACAGAUGAUUUACAACAAAGUUUAGCAUUAUUAACAUCAACUCCAUUAAUACAACAAAAUAAAUUAAGAAAUCUUUUAAAUAAUGAAACAAAUACUGUUGCAUUGUCACCAUUUUUAACUAAUACACAACCACAUAUAACAAAUUGGCUUGUAGCGCCUGGAUCACCAUAUUCCAUUACAGGUAGUCAUGUUUAUGAUGUGCCUAGAACACUUGAAAUUAAUCAAGGUACAUUACCAAUGUCAACAGGUUUAGUGAAUCGAUCUAGUCUACUCAGUGAAUCAGAAUAAAAUAAAAUGAUAUAACUUUGAAUUGUUUUUCUUUUUCGUAUUCUCUACAGAUUUUUCCUCUCUGUUUUUUUUAACGGACACGAUUAAUUUUUUUACAUACAUUUUUCUCGGCAUACUUAAAUACUCCACCUCACUACUGAAUUCAUCGUGUAUUUAAGUCUCUGUUAUAUGGGUAAUCUUUUAAGUUAUUUAGUAUGACCACAUAUCAUCAGGUCUUUCUUUUCAUUAACAGACACUUAAAAAGAAAGAAACAUGUUCUUUUCAAAUUUUCCACUUCAAAAAUAUAUAUUCAACAUUAAAAUAAUUUUUAAUUACUAUACUACUUAUGUGAAUAUAUUACUUACAUUACUGCUAUUACUAUUACCGAUAAUAACUCAAUUAAUUUUCAUACUGCUGUGGCUAAUUGAUAAUAAAUACAAUGAAAAACUCAUUUUUCUUUUGGAUAAUAUAUAUAGUAUGCAAUCAGCUAAUUUAUACUGCUUUUAUUUUUUCAUACAUCCUAAUCACCUAUCACUCUUCCCCCUCCCCCUUGUGCCCAUAUCAAACUGGGGACCAUGUGAUUAAAUAUCAUAGCUUUUAUUCACUUAUUUCUUCUAAAAUAAAAUUCAAUAUUGACGAUGUUUCUGUUUUCUCUUUGACUAUCUUACAAAAAUACAUUUGGAAACAUUAAAAUAAUUUAUUUUAUUCACUUAUCUUGUUAUUGAACGUUUCUAUUGUGUAUUCUUCCAAUUAUUUGCUUAUUUGAUCAUAAAUAAGUAUUUGUAACAGAUUCUAUAAACUACACACAUACAUACACGUGUAAACAUACACAUACAACUUAUAUACAAUGAAGAUCUAGACGGAUAAGUAUGUCAUAGUCACCAUUACUUAUUCUUCAUGAUCUGUUGUUAAACAAGAUCCAGUGAAUAAAUAAAAUAAUCUACCAAAGGGAGUUUAUCGCCUUUCUUUAAAUUCCUUUAUUUUUUUCCCACAGAAAUCUACUUGUAAUGCUUGCCUCAUUUAUUUACUUUCUUUUCGAAUUUGUUUGUUUUUACCACCAGUGUUUACGUUACUUCAUCUUAUGCAACCAUCUCUUUUCACUUUUGUUUUGCUUUCGAGAAAAAUCUACCAUGUUUUACUAUCUUUUAUUUCUAAUUUGUUCUGAUUAAUAAAUUAUUAUUCUCCUCAUUGAACUUAUGACAAUAUUUAUAUAUAAUUCUUUCCAUGAAAGUGACAAGACAGUCCCUGUUGUAUAUAAUCAUAACAAUAAAACUUAUACUAACUACGAAUAUAAUUUGUGCAUAUUUACAAAUUGUAUUUAACUCUCUUUUUCAUUAAUGAAAACAGUGAUAUGAGCACACACACACACACGUGAAAGUUGGAAUAGUAAUUUCUAGUACAAUAAAUAUAUUGGUUUACUUUUG